GUCAUUUUCAAACAUUACAUAGCAUCUAUCAACAUCAACUCAUCACACGCAAGAAGACAGCUCUACAAGACACAUUCACAUAUUUAUCUACCUUUCAUUCACACAUUCAUUCCAAAUACACUACACACAUUUCAUGGAGCAUCAUCAAAAUUAUCUGUAACAUUACACAUAGAACUAAUUCACACAAAUAUUUGACAUUUAUUCUAAGAUGGACUGCUGUCGAGACAGAACGACUUGGUGCCAGAGAAUACCAGACGGCCAUGAUGAAAACAUUUGCCACAAUGUUUCAGUGAGGAAGAGAAAUAUCUUGAAUAAAAUGCGGGUGCUGGUCAACAAUCAUUAUAAUGACAUGAAAUGCGAACAAUGGGAUACACAGGAAACUCUGAACAACACAAAAGGCCCGUAUCGUAUUGGUGUUAUAAAGCCAGAACAUCAGCAUCAGGAGUUGAUUGGCAGUCAGCUGGUGCAGAGCUGUGAGUGCGGCAAACGCAACGGACUGCAGGACGACUGUCGCCGCUGGAGCUGCCGCGGUUCGCCGCAGUGUCGCACGACGCCGCUGCCCAAGUGCAAGCCGUUUCUGGGCCAGCCUUCCGACCGCAAGCGGCCCGCAUACAAGCCGCCGCAGUCCGACUGCGUUCCGCGUCCUCGCCGACAGAAAGCGGCCGAGAAAGACGAGUGUCGUCACAUUGACUGAGAUGAAAUAUGUUAGCGGUAUCCGAUAAUAUUGUCCAAGUAAUAUUCUCAAUGACAUAAUUUUGUCCAGUAAAGUAGAAUAAGUAAAGAUCCAUUAAAGAAUUAUUAUCCACACAACCUAAA